CUUGCCUUACUCCAUUCCAACCCUCUGCUUACCGCGUCACAAUCCUCACUCCUAACGCAGUCAGUGGGCAAUCUAGAACUCUUGUUUCCUUCCUCUUGCAUAGAUCGAGCCGGCAUAAGCGCUGCUACAAACACAUUGCAAACUAUAACAUAGUAUUCAGAUUGGAGGUGAAGCUUCGGCAAACAGUUCUUUAUUUAGGCGGGGACUCCAGUUGCCGGGGCCCGGAGCUUACCUUCAAUAACUAGCACGCUUGAAAGAUGAUUGAAGUGGUCCUGAACGAUCGCUUGGGGAAGAAGGUCCGUGUCAAGUGCAAUGAGGACGACACCAUCGGGGACCUGAAGAAGCUGGUGGCCGCGCAGACCGGCACACGGCCAGAGAAGAUCCGGAUUCAGAAGUGGUACACAAUCUACAAGGACCACAUCACGCUCGCAGACUAUGAGAUCCAUGACGGCAUGGGUCUCGAGCUUUAUUACAACUAAAUUGAGGACGGCGAUGGAAUAAGGCAUUGCUGCCCUGUUGUCGUGUCUGCAAGCGGGUGAGGCCGUGCGCCAGCUCCAUGAAAGGAGCAGCGUGCGAUGUCCUUGAGCUGGUGCUGGGGUGUAUGGAGGCGGCUCGGUUGUUGUGCGGGCCUUACUUCAGCUUGGUACAUACUUGGUUCCUUGUAUGGUCGCAGGCGAGGUCUAACGAUGGGUGCGGCCCGAGCAGCCCCAACCGGGGGCCACGCCACGAGAACAAGGGAUCCUGUGACAGUCCAGUAGGUAGAGAGGCGAUGCGCUGAUGCCCUGAUGCACGAACACGGAGGGUGCGCUUAAUGCGCGAUCGGGUGGUCGAUUGCGCAUUCCGUGAGGGUUGACGACUGCGGCGAUGGGACGGGACGUGCACCUGCGCGGCUUGUGCAGGUGUAUGCUGGACGGGUCGGGGCGUUUGAAAUGGCGUCUGGGACAGGGUUCAAGAUACCCUCGUACCGGUAAGCUAAGAGUAAGAGAAGUUGCUGCGGCGAGAGAAGUGGUUGAGGCGGGAGCGGGGGGGUUGACUGCUCGAUGGGCCCAAGGCUCCAGGUGUUGAUGGUGCAUUUGGCAGUCGAGAGGAAUGCAAAGACUUGCACGACUGGUGAGUCGUGGCAGAGAGCAAUAUUGAGUCGAGGCAAAUAGCGGCAAGAAUGGAGUUGACACGGCAGGGCGAGGGGCGGAGGAUGGCCGCGUGGGGUAGGUUUGGGGGAGGCACCGUACUGCGCCGUACCAGAAAUCUGCAUGCCGUGAGUGCAACGUUUCUCACGAACGACUCCUGUUACUGCCUGAUAACCUGGCAGUGAAGAGAAGCAGCUUGGCCAGGGGUCUUCCCGUGGGGUCUUCCCCUGCGUUUGACGUCGUUGCCAUUGGGGCGUUGUAUCCCCGGCAGCACGUCUUAGUUGUUGCAACGACGUCCAAGGGCCGCAAGGUGCCGAUAACUGGCAUCGUAGUAAGAUUAACGGCAAA